UCCCAUCCCUUGUUUCAAUUCGCAUGUAUGGUUUGACUGUGUGUGAAAGAAUUUGUGUGGUGUGUUCUGGAGUUUGGGAAUGUGUUUUGUGUUAUUCUGUUUGAGCAGGUAUUUGCGAUGAUAGAUCUUGAGAAGAUCUUUCUGAGGCAACAAGAAUCGCUUCAAUCGGAGCAAGAACGCGAAAGCUAUGAAGAUUCAAAGUUCAUGAGCUUGCGUUACAAUUGCGGCGGUUACAAAGUGAAGUUGUGGGGUGACUUUAUAUGGAGUUGGGACCUUUGGGGGUUGGGGAAACUUGUCACUCUACUGUAACAGCUGCAAAUAGGUUGGGAACAACCAAGCUAGGUUGGCAAGGGUGGCCAACUUGGAUGGAUUGGUUGGGAAGGGACAAAGGUCAAAGUUGAGGUUCCUAUAGGGAGGGAAUCUUUGUGCUUAUGGGGUUUCCUUGGUUGGGGACUCUCUUGGGACCUUCCCUCUCAUCCCUCUCUUCCUAUCCCAACCUUUCUCUUGCUCCUUCUAAUUCCUUGUGAGAUUCUUGAACUUUGAUUGAACUUUUGAGAUUGACAGCGUCAGGUGCUUUGCUCCCCGUGAUUGGUGUUGGGAAUGCCAAGGUUAAGGGAGCUAAUGGGGAGCUUGUGGGGCUUGGGAAUGUUCUGCUGGUUAAAGGCUUGUCUGCUAACCUUCUCUCUGUGCGGCGACUGCAGAAGAGUAAGGCCGAAGUGACCUUUGGACCAACCAGCUGCCGUGCUAAGCUUGGGAAGAAGGUGCUGUGGAGUCUGGAAGAGGAGACCAGCUGCAUCAAGGACCUGUGGCAGCUGCCCAUCAUCCCUUGGAAUGGGAAGACUCCAACAGCAGCAACGGCAGCAGCGGCAAAGGCAACAGCAGGAGGAGAUGCAACUGCACCAACUGAUGGGGUCCUGGAAGCAGUCAAGAAAGUGCAGAAGCAGCAGACACAUGGUGAGGUGCUUGCUGGUGUGGAUGCGAGUGCGGCAUGGGCUAAGGCUUCAUCAAGGAGUGGAGAGGCCGAUUGGGAGACAUGGCAUGAGAGGUUGUGUCAUGUGAACUUCCCUAUGCUGCAGAAGUUGGUGAAGAAUGGGAGCCUGAAGGGCUUGGAGGUGAAAGGGGAAGUGAAGGAGAUUGGGAGCUGCCCUACAUGCUUGGAGACCAAGUUCUCCAAGUUCCCUUUUAACAGCACUACAGGACCAGCCAAGACCCCACUUGCACUUGUGCACAUGGAUGUGGUGGGGCCCACAAGAGCCCCUUCCCUCUCAGGCAGCCGCUAUUUCUUGACAAUUGUGGAUGACCACACUCGGGCAGUGUGGGUUUGCCCUUUGAAGAGCAAGGGGGAGGUGGCAGCGGCUGUCCUUAAGGAGUGGAUGCCGAGAGCUCAGAGGGAAUGCGGACACAAGGUGAAGGUGAUCCGUAGUGACAAUGGUGGGGAGUUCAUUGGAGCUGAUUUUGAGGGGGAGUUGAAGAGGAAGGGGAUCCAGCAUCAACUGACAGUGCCCUACAACCCGCAGCAGAAUGGCGUGGCUGAGAGGUUCAACAGGACCCUGCAGGAGGGGGCACGCACUCUCCUUGGGCGUGCAGGGCUGCCUGAUCCGUUUUGGGUGUCUGCACUGAGGCAGGUCGCCCUUGUGAAGAAUAGGGUGCUGGCUACAGUUGGAGAUAAGGAGUGGAUCCCAUAUGUCAAGUGGUAUGGGAGUGCUCCAGCGGUGAACAUGCUGAGGGCAUUUGGGUGCAUGGUAGUGUUUCAUGUGCCUAAGGAGAAAAGAGGGAAGUUGGAGGCUUCUGGAAGAUGGGGUGUGCACUUGGGGAUUGCAAAGGAUCACAAGGGAUGGCUUCUAUGGGACUUGACCAUCCAGAAGCUGACAGUGUCAAGGGAUGUGAAGUUUCUUGAGUCCCUGUACUAUAAGGAAUGGAAGCAGCAGCAACAGAAGCUUCCAUCUACACCACUCAUUGUGGAGGCAGAUGAGUUGCAGCAGCCUUCAAGGCAGGUGGAGGUUGCAGUGUCUGAGGAGGAGAUAUCUGGGGUGACUGAAGAAGGGGGAGCAGCUGAAGUGGAGCAGCAGCAGCAACAUGAGUCUCCACCUCGAGUUCCACACCCGCCUGAGCGACCUAGGAGGGAUGUGCGCCCUCCUGUGAGGCUGACCUAUGGGGGAAGAGGCAAGCCAAAUGUGGUGCAGGCUGGGAGUGUGGUUGAGCAGAUUGAGGAAGAUGAGAUCGCUCACUGCUACUGGGCACCAAUCCCUGAGCCCAAGACUCGAGAGGAGGCCUUGAAUGGACCAAAUGGGGAGAAGUGGAAGGCGAGUGAGGAUGAGGAGUUCGGGUCCCUGAUUGAAAACGAGACAUGGGACCUGUGUGACUUGCCUCCUGGGAAGAAGGCAAUCACUUCCAAGAUGAUCUACAGGCACAAGUAUGGACCUGAAGGGGAGCUGACCCGCUACAAGUCUAGGCUUGUGGCAAGGGGGUUUCAGCAGACAAAAGGGAAGAACUAUGAUGAGGUGUUUGCUCCUGUGGGGAAAGGAACAACACUGAGGGUGCUGUUAGCGAUAGCUGCACUCCUGGGAUGGAAGAUACGGCAGAUGGACAUUGUGACUGCCUUUCUGAAUGGGAUCAUUCUGGAGGAGGUGUACAUGAAGCAGCCAGAGGGGCUGGAUGAUGGGAGCGGCAGGGUCUGCAGGCUGAAGAAGGCCAUCUAUGGCCUUAAGCAGGCGCCUCGUGCAUGGUAUCACAAGUUGGAGGAGGCGCUGUUGGCUGGGGGUUUCAAGAAGAGUGAGUGUGACCCCAGCCUGUUCCUGCUGCAGGAGAAGGACGAAAUCCUCAUGCUCUUGGUGUAUGUGGAUGAUAUCCUUCUCUUUUCUGCAUCAACUGCUUUGCUGGACAGCGCAGAGCAGAUGCUGGAGAUGCAGUUCAAGUGCUCCAAGAUGGGUGAGGUGAAGUACUACCUGGGGAUGCAUGUGGAGAGAGAUGUGGAGAAGGGUGUGCUGAGGUUGCACCAGAGGAAGUACUGUGAGGGGCUGGCUGAGAAGUAUGGGCUGCAAGAUGGGGGAAAGCCAGCAACACCACUACCUUCAGGGUUUACUGUGGAGCCAUGUGCUGAUGAGGAGGUAGUGGGUGAGAGUGACAGGAAGCUGUUUCAUUCGAUGGUUGGGUCGCUGAAUUAUGCUGCAAAUCAUACACGGCCUGACAUUGCAUUUUCUACAUCACGGUUGGCUAGUGUGGUCUCACGCCCUAGUCAUGAGCAGCUGGAAGCGGCCAAGAGGUUGGUCCGCUAUGUGAGUGCUACGGCAUCAGUGGGAUUGGAUUACAGUGGAGUGAGGCAGCGGUUGCAGAGAGGUGCUGCAGAUGUGAAGAGUGGAGAGAUGCUCUUGAGUUGCUAUACUGACGCUAGCUUCAACUCAGUGAAAGCGGAUGGCACCAGCAUUGGGGGAUAUGUGUGCUUGCUAGGAGGUGGUGCUGUGAGCUGGCGCAGCAAGAAGCAGAAUGAGGUGGGAUUGUCCUCAUGUGAGACUGAGUACAUGGCCUUACACCAUGGGGCCAAGGAAGUGGUGUGGCUAAGGCGUUUGUUGGAGGAGUUGGGAGUUGGUCAGGAGAAGCCGACAGUUGUGUUUUGUGACAAUGAGUCCGCUGUGAAGCUCGCCAAGAAUGCUUGUCUGCAUGGGCUGACAAAACACAUAAGGCCUAAGUGGCAUUGGGUGAGGAGACUCCUUGAUAAGGAGGUGCGGCUGGAGAUAGUGAAGACCCAUCAGCAGGCAGCAGAUAUUUUCACCAAGCGUCUGGCGGAGGCGGAUCAUUGGAAGGGCAUGAAGCUUGCUGGGAUGAGUGUGCAUUGAGUAUGCAUGCUUGAGAUGUGGUAUGGUGGAUGAUGGUUGGCAGCCAGAGGGGGAGAUUGUUGUGUGAUGUCAUCAUAUGCUAUCACAUUCUGUCUGCCUCCCAUCCCUUGUUUCAAUUCGCAUGUAUGGUUUGACUGUGUGUGAAAGAAUUUGUGUGGUGUGUUCUGGAGUUUGGGAAUGUGUUUUGUGUUAUUCUGUUUGAGCAGGUAUUUGCGAUGAUAGAUCUUGAGAAGAUCUUUCUGAGGCAACAAGAAUCGCUUCAAUCGGAGCAAGAACGCGAAAGCUAUGAAGAUUCAAAGUUCAUGAGCUUGCGUUACAAUUGCGGCGGUUACAAAGUGAAGUUGUGGGGUGACUUUAUAUGGAGUUGGGACCUUUGGGGGUUGGGGAAACUUGUCACUCUACUGUAACAGCUGCAAAUAGGUUGGGAACAACCAAGCUAGGUUGGCAAGGGUGGCCAACUUGGAUGGAUUGGUUGGGAAGGGACAAAGGUCAAAGUUGAGGUUCCUAUAGGGAGGGAAUCUUUGUGCUUAUGGGGUUUCCUUGGUUGGGGACUCUCUUGGGACCUUCCCUCUCAUCCCUCUCUUCCUAUCCCAACCUUUCUCUUGCUCCUUCUAAUUCCUUGUGAGAUUCUUGAACUUUGAUUGAACUUUUGAGAUUGAGUUAAGUUCUC